UUACGUGUAGUCGUGACGCCAAUCUCGCGUGAUGAGACUUGUGUCGUCGAGAUUUUCUGAAAGACAGGAGGAGGAAGCUUGCAGUUAACUGCUUUGCGGGAGGUGUUAGUAGCGAUCCGGCACUGCGGGCUGUUUUAGGAAAAGGGAGACUGGUGGGCUUUGUGUGAUCACUUGGAUUUGAGGGUGGAAAUUCAACUUUCCCCUCCAGCCCAUCCGGUUUCUAUACGGCUCUACCGGGACGAAAACUACGACAAAGCGAGCAGAACAGGAAGCUGUGUAAGGGAAAGAAGAUGCAGGCGCCCUAGCAACAGCCCUCCCUUCUAAAGCCUGUGGCUUACUGAAAGCGGGAACCCGGUAAUACAAUAUCCCUUUAAGCUCUUCGGGGAGCUGCUGAUUUGUUGGCAAGAUGUACACAAUAUGCAGUGUCUUCCCUUUCCAUGGAAUCUUAAGCAGUUAAGCAAUAAAGGACCUCCUUCUGACUGUUCUGGGAAUAUUUUAAUGGCACAGUCUGGAUUUCAAGUAGCCUCUGUCAAGGAGCACUCGGCCAAUUAACGCUCAGAAAUUACAGGCACUCACUGGAUUGUGGAAUCUUUUAUGUAUGAAGUACUUUGUUGGCUAAAUAUUUGAAGGCACUUUUACUAACUGUGCCACGGUCAAUUACAUUUUUUUUUAUAUAAAUUUUUGCCAUCUACACAACGCUCUUCUUUUGCUUUUUGACCAGUGGAGGUAUUAAUGGAAUGCAGUCAUGUCCACUCAGGACGAAACACAGAUCAAUACUGAAUAUGCAGUUUCCUUACUGGAGCAGCUGAAACUGUUCUAUGAGCAACAGCUACUGACUGACAUAGUAUUAAUUGUUGAGGGCACUGAAUUUCCAUGUCAUAAAAUGGUUCUGGCAACAUGCAGCUCUUAUUUCAGGGCUAUGUUUAUGAGUGGACUGAGUGAAAGUAAACAAACACAUGUACAUUUGAGAAAUGUGGAUGCAGCUUCCUUGCAGAUCAUUAUAACGUAUGCAUACACGGGUAACUUGGCAAUAAACGAGGGCACUGUGGAACAGCUAUAUGAGACUGCAUGCUUUUUACAGGUGGACGAUGUAUUGCAACUCUGUAGAGAAUAUUUAAUUAAAAAGAUCAAUGCCAAAAACUGUGUGCGGCUGCUAAGUUUUGCCGAUCUGUUUAGCUGUGAAGAACUAAAACAAAGCGCCAAAAGAAUGGUAGAGCACAAAUUCACAACUGUGUAUCACCAGGAAGCUUUUAUGCAACUGUCCAGUGAGCUCUUGAUAGAACUUGUUAGCAGUGACAAUCUGAAUGUGGAAAAAGAAGAGACAGUCCGAGAAGCUGCAAUGUCUUGGCUUGACUACAACACUGUGUCCCGCUCACAGUACUUGUCUACUGUUCUGAGCCAUCUCCGUAUAGAUGCAUUAUCAGAAGUGAUACAGAGGGAGUGGUUUCAAGGUCUGCCCCCAAAUGACAAGUCUGUAGUGGUUCAGGGACUCUACAAAUCAAUGCCUAGAUUCUUUAAACCCAGACUUGGCAUGACAAAAGAGGAGAUGAUCAUUAUAAUUGAAGCUGCUUCAGAAAAUCCUAGUUAUUGCUCCACAGUCUGUUAUAGUCCGCAGGCUGAGAAAGUGUACAAGCUUAGUAACCCUCCCGCUGAGCUGCACAAGGUUGGGACAGUAGUAACUCCAGAUAAUGAUAUUUACAUAGCCGGUGGGCAAGUCCCUGUAAAAACCACCAAAAGCAAUCAUAGCAAACCAAGCAAACUACAGGCUGCUUUCAGGACUGUGAAUUGCUUCUACUGGUUUGACGCCCAGCAGAAUACUUGGAUUCCAAAGACCCCCAUGUUGUCCGCUCGUACUAAGCCUUCUUUGGUGUGGUGUGAUGGGUACAUCUAUGCAAUAGGAGGAGAUAAUGCUGGUGGUGAACUAAACAGAAGGACCGUGGAAAGAUACGACUGUGAGAUAGAUGAGUGGACAAUGGUGAGCCCUCUUCCGUGUGCAUGGCAGUGGAACGUGGCAGUAGUAGUCCAUGACUGCAUUUAUGUUAUGGCAUAUAACCUGACAUACUGUUAUGUUCCAAGGACUGGCGGUUGGGUUGAAAUGGCAAUGAGACAAACAAGUAGAUGCUUCGCUUCUGCAGCUGCCUUUGAAAACAAAAUAUUCUACCUUGGAGGUUUGCAUAUCGGCAACAAUUCUGGAAUAAGGCUCCCUUCCAACACGGUGGAUGGCUCUUCUGUCACAGUUGAAGUAUAUGAUGUGAAUAAAAAUGAAUGGCAGGUGGGCGCUAGCAUUCCUGCCAAGCGUUACUCUGAUCCCUGUGUUCGAGCCGUUGUUAUAUCCAAUUCCUUGUGCGUUUUUAUCAGAGAAACUCACAUGCAUGAAAAAGCGAAAUAUGCCAUCUACCAGUAUAAUAUGGACCUCAAUCAGUGGUUUCUGAGGCAGCAGAUAUCUGAGCGUGUUCUUUGGGAUUUAGGCAAAGAGUUUCGGUGCACUGUAGGGAAGCUCUACCCAUCAUGCCUUGAAGGAUCCCCAUGGAAACCUCCAACUCAUCUGUUCUCUCCUGAUGGGGCUGAUGAAUUUGAACUUGACAGAGACAUGGUUGCAUUACCAUCUGUAUAGCUGGAUAAAGACCAGACACUUCAUGUAUGCAUGGAUCUCAGUUCCUCAGUGAGAGUUCUUAAGAAUUGUGCUGUUAAGGAAUCAGGCUGGAAAAAAAAAGUUUGCUUACUUUACAGGCAUAAUUUGUAUGCCACAUACUUAACAUAUUUGUAGCCUUUAAUGCAUUUAUAUAGGGGAGAUGCUUCCAUUAUCCCAUGACCAGCUAAUGGAAAGAGCAAAGCAAAAACUGUAUAUUAUGCGAGCCUUUGCAUCCAGUUUACCAAAAGCAUUUAUAUAUAUAUCUUUGUGAUUUUUCUUUCUUUUUUGUUUUUGAGAUUUUUUUUUUUCUCCUUGACAUAAAAUUUCACAUUAGUGACCCAACUAUUCCUUGUAUUAUAAGUAAAAGCGCUUUCUGGGAGAAUCUUCCAUUAGCCUCAGUUACAUCUAGUUAGCGAUCCUACUUAUGAGCUGGACUAUACGUGCAAAUGUGCAGUGUUCACCCAAUCUCCGUGCAUACCUCUAAGGAUAAAAUCAUCGGUCUAAUUAUUCUCUUUUUUGUUUUUUACCUUCCAGGUUGUCUUGUAAUCAUUUAAAAAAAAAAAAAAAAUCUAGAUUCACAUACUGUGUACGCUUCAGAAUGUUAGAAAUACUCAGACAGAAUCCCUUGCUGUGUGACAUCAUCUGAUGUAAAUGCUUUGCAACAAAUUAAGUGUCGUUUCAAAAAGUGUGGCUUUGGAAGUAAAGGAAAAUAUGCAGUUCAUCUGCAGUUUAUAUUUUUAACAAAGUGAUUUUUUUUUUUUCACCAAAGUCCCACUUUAACACACAAUCUAUAUGAUAUAUAUAUAAUUUUUUUUUGCUAAAUUCAAUCUUUCCUGCUGUGGGAACUGUAGCAUUUGAUUUAAUAACAUGCAGGUCAAUAGAUGACUGCAGGCUCAGUCAGACUGUGCAAUGCACAUGUUUCUGUUGUCAAUAAACCUGUAGCUUUGUUUCAGUACAGGUCUUCCAAAAAAGGGCCUUGUAACGUCUCUGCAGGCGUAAUUGGGCAUCUCAUGAACUGCCAGCCCCUCAUAGUACGGGUCCCUGUGGAACUUUAACCCCUAACUGUUUCAUUGCAGUAAAGGGAUUAAAUAACAGAGCCUUCACAUUCUGUAAUACACCUGUGUGGGCUCACUCAUACAAUAUUCUGCUGCUGAUGUCUAUUUCUUUCCCUACACCCAUUUGUACAAACAUUGUUUUAGAGUGGAAUAACUAGGUCUGUAUCAUUUUUGUUAACUUAACAAGCAUUUACUGUAGUGUGAUUGUGUAUUGGUAUACCCUACUUUGUCUCUUUCGCUUUUUUUUCUCCCCUCAUAUGGGGAAGGGAAAAAUACUGUUCAGGAAUACAUUUACACAGCACUCUGCACAAGAGAGCACAUCCCAGUGCUGCUCCGGCAUUAAUAACAAUCCCAGGAACCACUAGCAGUAGAGGGGCACCGCCGCCAACUUAACAUGAGCACAGGUGCUUCAUGACAUAUCCUACUAGCAUGUUCAGCUGCAUUAUGUUCUGGCACUGUAUUUUGAAUGACAUUAAUUUAUUAAAAAAAAAUUAAACUGA